AUGUCCGUCGACGCAGAAUCCACCCAGCCCAUCCUCCAGAGCUACGUCGGUUUCGACUCUAUCACCUCCCAGAUUGAGAAGAAGCUUCUCAAGCGUGGCUUCCAGUUCAACGUCAUGGUCGUUGGUCAAUCUGGAUUGGGCAAGAGCACCCUCAUCAACACCAUCUUUGCCUCGCAUCUUAUCGACUCCAAGGGACGCACUCAGCCUGACGAGCCCAGCCGUCAGACUGUUGAGAUCCACUCCUUCACCGAGACCAUCAUCGAGAGAGGCGUCAAGUUGAGACUCAACAUUGUUGACACCCCCGGAUACGGUGACCAGGUUAACAACGAGAACUGCUGGGAGCCCAUUAUCAAGUACAUCAAGGACCAGCACUCGUCCUUCCUUCGCAAGGAGUUGACUGCACAGCGUGAACCUUUCAUCCAGGAUACCCGCAUUCACUGCUGCCUGUUCUUCAUCUCCCCCACUGGCCACUCAUUGAAGCCCAUCGAUAUCGUUGUCCUCAAAAAGCUGACUGAGGUUGUCAACGUCGUCCCCGUCAUUGCCAAGUCGGACUCUUUGACCAUCGAGGAGCGCAUCGCCUUUAAGCACCGCAUUAAGGAGGAGAUGGCUUUCCACAACAUCAAAUUAUACCCCUACGGAUCGGACGAGGAUGAUGAGCAGGAUGCGGCCUUGAACGAGAGCAUCCAGGAUUUGAUCCCCUUUGCCGUGGUCGGAUCAGAAAAGACCAUCGUUGUCGAUGGCAAGCCCGUCCGUGGUCGCCAGAACCGCUGGGGUGUUAUCAACGUCGAGAAUGAGAACCACUGCGAGUUCAUUCACUUGCGCAACUUUUUGACACGCACCCACUUGCAGGACUUGAUCGAGACGACCUCGUUGAUCCACUACGAGUCCUUCCGCUCCAAGCAGUUGCUUGCCCUCAAGGAGAACGGCAUGCAGCAGCAGCAGCAACAGCAGCACUAA